AUGGUAUCAUUUGCAGGUCGCCGAAGAUGCAGACUGAUGGUUGGACUAUUUGGGAUUCUGUUGGUUCCCAUUGCAGCUCGCAGUUGGAUUGAUAUCGUCGACCCAUUAGAACUCACUCUUCAUGAUUCUGCACUGGACUUCAGAGCAUUCGAAGAUGAUCCAUUUCUGGAUAUGGAAACAACAACGGCACCUCCCUUUGGUCCAUUCCCAACGUCAGGAGCCUCUCCGGGCCCUCCUCCAACUCACAUAACUCUCCCACCAACCAAGGCUAUCACUCCAGAACCCACCGUAACACCAGAGACACCCCUUCCGACGGCAUCUCCAACCAUCGCUCCUACCAUUGAGACGACCCCGGCACCAACGAUAAAUCCAUACCCUGAAAACCCUGUCCCCGACUUUCCGGAUCCUUCUUACUUCAACUAUGAUCCCAAUCGAUCAAACCCAUACGGCCCGGGGUAUCCUCAAUUGCAACGAUACAAUCAGACAACCUUGGUCGUGGGAUAUGAGAACAAUGGCUGGGCCAUCACGGGGGUUCCAGCGAACUUUUACUGGAACGAGUUUGACGAUGAAAAGGGUUCUGGGCCUUGGCAAGGAGUGUUGGCGGUAAGACGACCAGAGAGAAAUCUUUGUGAUCGAAUAGGGGAACAGUCACCUAUUGACGUGAGACCUAGCGGGGCCACGUGCGAGGAGCAUCAUCAAAUUCGAGUCCGGCCAGGGGAUUUCAAGGUGUCGGGGGCAGAGGUGGAGAAACAAAUCCACCCCAACAAACUACGCCUGAAAUACCAACGAAGGCCUUGUGCAGAUCCUGAGAACGAACUGUGCGCAGAGCCAGAUCCACCUCAUGCCGAUUUUCCACACAAUUGGGGCGGAUACGCCGAUUUGAUGCACAUCGAUUUCAAGGUGCCAUCGGAGCACAUGAUCAACGGCACACGGUACGAUGCCGAGAUGCAACUCGUCCACAUGCACCCGUCGAGGCGGAGGACCCCUACUGUGAGUGUCAUGAUCCAAGCUACGCCAAAAGGAUACAAUUACUAUCUGCAAGCUGCGCUGGAUGCCUUUGAAUACGUCUACAAUGUACAUCGAGCACAAUGUGCGGCCAAGCGGCGGAAGGAGCGGCAACUAAUGACGGACAUUCAUCAGCUAUUGGGGGAGAAUGCAAGCAGGAGCGGCGAUGCGCAUGCAAAAGAUUUCAACACGUGGGCACAUUUCAGUACCGAUCUAGACGAUCCCGACUUUGAAAGGAAUCGCAAACUCCAGGAACGCUUGCUGCAAAACGGUGUAUGGGAUCCACAUCAUAUUCAGCUGGUGCCAAGCAUAUACUUUUACGGCUACGAAGGGUCCCUUACUGAGCCACCUUGUGGGGAAUGGGUGACAUGGUUUAUCUGUGACUCACCAAUGAUUAUCUCAACGUCACAGUUGGAGCAGAUGAAGAAGCUGAUUUUCUCACACAUUGAUGGGGACUGCAAUCCGACAAGCGUUCAUUAUAAGCAGAGCGUAGCCCGGCCGAUUCAAGAUUCAGGAGGCCGACCCGUUUGGCACUGUACACAAGAUGACUUUUUGCCGGAUAACUUUUGA